AUGGUUGUCCACAAUCUGGCAGAGUACGUAGCCUACCAUCAAGCCAAGCUUCGCAAGGAACAAGCUGCCGCUGCUGCCCCUGCUGCCAAGAAAUACGGUGUUAAUGAAUUAUACAGCAAAUCCUCCUUCAACACCUCCCUCGCGUCCGAGAGACUCAUCGUCCUUGACUGCUUCGCCACCUGGUGCGGCCCCUGCAAAGUCAUCGCCCCCGAGGUCGCCAAGUUCAGCGAGUCUGAAGCAUACAAGGAGAGGGUCGAGUUCUACAAGGUCGACGUCGACAAGGUUCCAGACCUUGCCCAGGAACUCAAUGUGAGAGCCAUGCCUACCUUCAUGCUCUUCAAGGGCGGUGAGAAGGUCGGCGAGGUCGUCGGUGCCGAUCCCCGCGCUCUCAAGAACGCCAUCGACAAGAACCUGUAA